AUGUCUGACUACUACUGGCAACAAUCGCUCCCGACAAUCACCCAGAUGAAAUACAUUCUACAGAUCUACUAUCGAUCGGAGGAGCUAGCAGAUGGUACGAUCCGGAUAACAUGCACUAAUCUCAACGACGAGAUAACAGAACAUCGCACCUUCAUUCCCACCUGCUAUCACAAGGCUCUCACCCAUACACUCUGGAGGUAUUACCUCCUCAUCGAUCUCCACGUCCAUUUCAAGAAGAACCCCCACAAAAAGUACACGGAGUUUCGUCCACAUCUCUUGAGAAACAUCGUCCUCCUGGACAAUAUAUCCAAGGUUUCCGAUCUGCCAAUUUCGAAGAAUACCUUUGCACUGGAAUAUCUCGUUGGGCGGCACGAUCCCAACUCGGUUAACUACUUCAGGGCACAUUGCCCCAUCAAUAUCGAGAGAAUUAUGUACGAGUUUGAAUGGAGCUGGGAUGCCUACAAGGAGCGUGUCCCCACAAGGCUUUAUGGGGAACGAUACGAUUGGGACGUGGAAAAUAUCCCAGAUGCUGACUUUACGAUUCUGUGGGACGAAGCGGUCGAAUGGUAUUCACGGCAGCCAGACCCAGCAUGGAUAUCUAAAUGGGUCCCAUGGGUCGAGAUAGAUGGGGUGGUUGCCAGCAUGCAAUCUACAGGCGAUGCAGAUGAGGGAAAUGUGGGGACUGGAGCUGGGGAUGAUGAGGCAGGAGGACCUGGAGCUGGGAGCCAGGGCGGCAAUGUUCCAAUGGGAGGCAUGGAGAACUCUGAUCCACCUCCUUCAAACCAGGCAAGUAGCAUGAUGUCGGGCGAAGUGUCUGUAGCGUAUUUAUACAUUGAUGUUACAGCAGAGGCAGACAGGAAGCAAUGGAGAAUCAGGCGCCCCCACUGCCUCGAGUUCUGCAAUUCCUGCAGAGAAUCCAGUGGGGUUCCGUCCCAGCCUGGCAAGUCUUUACUCCCGCAAUAA